CGGAAGCAGACGGCGGUGCUGCGGCUCCAGCUGACCACGAGGUCCCAGCUGUUUCCCGCCAUUGCUGAAUGUUGUUACUAUAACUCCAAAGCCGCCGACCUUUCUUUAUCAAAACACCCGCGUCUGCCAGCGCCAGCCUUUGCCGGGGAGAGUGGAUGAAAUCAAAAGGCUCGAUGGCUUAUUAUGCGGGUCAGAAGACGCUGCAGGAAUUCCGCAGAGCGGAGAAGGAAGUGAUUGGCGGCUUGUGUAGCCUGUCGAACAUCCCGCUGACGCCGGAGAGCCAGCGCGACCAUGACCGCCGCAUCCGCCGGGAGAUCGCCAACAGCAACGAGCGGCGGCGCAUGCAGAGCAUCAACGCCGGCUUCCAGUCGCUCAAGGUGCUGCUGCCCCACACAGACGGCGAGAAGCUGAGCAAGGCCGCGAUCCUACAGCAGACAGCAGAAUACAUCUUUGCCCUGGAGGAGGACAAGACACGGCUGAUGCAGCAGAAUGCACAUCUGAAGCGGCUGGUGCAGGAAUACUCCGGCUCCUCCCCGAAGCGGAAGCGGGGAGACGAGUCCGACGAGGGAAUCGGGUCCCCGGACUCUGCGGACGAGGAGCUGGCCGAGCUGCGGCAGCUCCUGGAGAAGGAGCGGCUGCUGCGGAUCAGCUUGGAGGAGAAGGUGAAGAGCCUGGAGUCGCAGCUGCAGCCGGGGAAGCUGCAGGAGAUCCUGCAGCAAGCGCAGCUGCUGCAAGAACACGACAAUGCGCGGGAGCGGCGGAGGCAGCCGGGGGAGGAGCAGCAGAGAUGCAUCAACGCCGCGCAGGUGCCCGCCGCACAGAGUCCCCCCACCCCAACUCACCACCCCACCGUCCGCGUGCCGGCACCUCCCCCAAUCAGCGUGCUCCAAGUCAACGUUGUUACCAUGGCACCCAGCUCCGUCAUCAGCACCGUGUCCACAUCAAAGCAGAACCUGGACACUAUUGUACAGGCCAUUCAGCAUAUCGAAGCCACGGAGCAAGGUAUCAAAGAGGAACCGGCAGGAGCGGAGAAACGGACUCCGGAUUUUCUAAACCUAGAUGGGAUGCAAGAGAGCCUGAAGGAGAACAGGGAGUGGCAUGAGCUGGUGACAACCUUGCCCAUGAUAAUGAAGAGCCCCUAUGUGGACAUUGAGACUGAAAGCCAAGAAGCCGGCCAGAGAGAGAUGCUGGCAGCAUUGAGGAGGCCUAAGAUGGAGUUGGAGCCAGUUCCCUCUGUGUUGGUGCCGGGCACUAGCAUCUAAAUGAGACUGCAGAGCCUUAUCAAUAUGCACUGAGGAAGCGGAGGACUUGGGGGGGAUGAAUCCAAGAAGUUUGAGAUUAAGGGACCUUUUGAAUGGCAUUUGUCCCAAACGAAUCCUUUCCUCCCCUUCCAGAGCAAGAGCAGUCUCGAAGGUACAGUUGGGUCACGUGCUCUGUGUGUGUGUGUGUGGAAUGGACAGGGCUGGUUAUUGCUAAACCUGUUCAGGUUUGGUGCAGUUUCUCACAAAACAUCUCUGGCCUGUUGCACAUGGGAAACAUCUUUGUUGCCAAUCAGUGGACCUAUUGUCCAUGGCCCUGAUUGUUGAACGGCCCAGAAUCUAAUGUAAAUCUGAUGAUUCCUCGACUCUUAAUCCCUGUCACAAUUCUAGUGGCCCAGUCGUUGGAAUUGGAUGAUGCUAAACCACCUGAGAAUUCCCCACGAUU